GUUUCAUUUAUUGCUCAACGUUCACAAUAUUUUAUAUUAUUUUCUUUUAUAAAAUCAAAAUGAUUUUUUUUAAGCAAUAUUCAAUGAUGAUUACAUUUAUAGUAAUUGCAGUUUGGGUGAUGCCCGCAAUUACUAGUGAGCUUGCCGUUCUCUGUACAACACUUUACGAAACUGGUCGCUUAAUAACAAUAUAUAAAGAUAUUCCUCUUGAAGAAGAUGCAAUAAUCGGCAUCUUUAAGCGCAUGACACAAUGGAAUAUAGAACAAGCUGCAUCAGAGCAGGAAAAAGCUGUGGUAAUAGCUGUUGCAAAGACUCUGAAGGUUAAUUUUGAUAUAACCGGAAGUGCAAUUAAAAGAAUAGAAAAUAAUAAAGCUCGUUUAGCUGAUAAAGCUGAUGGAUCAGUUGGAACACAGAAACCUCCUACUGUAAAAGAUAUAUUAAAUGCGAUUGCUGAAAAAGCGAACAAUGAUGAAAUAAAAAAUUUGAACAGUCAAAUAACUGACACCGAAAAGCACAUAAAAACAGUUUUGAUUAAUCUUGGAAGACAAUUUGCAAAUUUUGUCACAGAUAAUUACAAAUUAUAUCUUCCAAUGGUCGGAGACUUUUGUAAAUUCAAAUCUAGAUCAGACGAAUACGUUGAAUUUUAUAAGUCCGUAUUUAAAAUUGAUACAUAAAUAAAAUAAAUAAAAUAAUAGAAUUACGUUUGAAUAUUUUGUUUAAUCAUAUUAAGAUAAAUAUAAGCAAAAUUAUAUAAUACAAUAUUAUAUCAUAUUACAUAAUAUUUUCAUGAUAAAAUUAUACCUAAAUAGGUACAUAAUAUACUAUUAUAAUUCUUAAUAAAAUUAAUGUGAUGUUUUCGGAAAAAAUUAAUUCAACUUUAUUGUACGCUAUACUAUUAAUAAUAAUUAAUUAUACCUACACGUACCUACAUAUUAUUAUAAAUAUAUAAAUAAAUAUUAUAAUAUACAUAUAUAGUUAUUUUACUUACA